CUUCCUUGGUCCCCACCCCCUUCCCCUAAGGGAUGGCUUAAGGCACUCCCAAUAAUGUUGCCCUUAUGCGCUAGUGGAAAUAGAGAAAAAGGGAGUCCAUCCGGAGAGAAACACUUUACUGCAGUGUGCGAGAUGAUGGCGAGCUCAGUGACGCUGCUUCUAUGGAGUCUUCUUCUUCUCGGAACUCUAAGCGCGAUUCAGGCUAAGAAGUCCAAGGAAAACUUAAAGGAGAUCACACACAAGGUUUAUUUUGAUGUUGAGAUUGAUGGGAAAGAAGCUGGUCGUAUUGUCAUGGGUCUAUUUGGAAAGACAGUCCCUAAAACUGCAGAGAAUUUCCGAGCUUUGUGCACAGGUAAGAGAACACAAGAUUGCUCAUUCUAAUCCUAUGUCAAUCGAAUAUGCUGUUGCCUUGAAAGCUUUGCAUAAACUGUAUUUUUAUUUGUACACAGGGGAGAAAGGAAUAGGUAAGAAAGGGAAGGCUCUACAUUACAAGGGGAGCUCAUUCCAUAGAAUCAUACCAAGCUUUAUGCUCCAGGGAGGCGAUUUCACCCAUGGCAAUGGUAUGGGAGGAGAGUCUAUCUAUGGUGAGACGUUUGCUGAUGAGAACUUCAAACUCAAGCAUACUGGUCCAGGGUUUCUAUCAAUGGCAAACGCCGGCCAAGACACCAACGGAUCUCAGUUUUUCAUCACAACAGUAACAACAAGCUGGUUGGACGGGAGGCACGUAGUCUUCGGGAAGGUAGUGACGGGAAUGGACGUGGUGUACAAAAUCGAAGCUGAGGGUAACCAGAGUGGAACUCCUAAGAGUAAAGUUGUGAUUGUUGACAGUGGUGAGCUUCCUCUGUAACUCAACACUCAUGGAGUUUUAUCCAUCUGUUCCUCCAUUGAUGUGAGCUAAAAUAUAGUGGUUGACGACGUUUGUGUUUAAACGACUAUCUUAGCCUAUUUUGGAACACUUAAACGACUAUCUUAGCCAUUUGAUAAAGAUUCGACCAUUCUGGUUUCAUUUCAA